UAGCAAUCCCAUAAACCACUCGUUUCCAACUAGUCACUGCCCAGUUACGGAGUACCUUCAGCAUUCGAGGAGGAACACACUUUCAACCAUUAUCACACCACCUAAAAUGGCGAUGUAAACUACACUACGCAAAAGAUAAGAUAGUGUUCAUCAAUGGCGACCGGAUUAGCCGCAACAACAACGCUAAAUCUGAAGUCAUUUUCAGUAGUAGAAUGCAAAUCCGUCAUCACAAAAGUCGGAAAUCUCAAGAAAAAGCGAGCAUCACCUCCUGUAAUCGGAAAUUUUGAGCACUUGUUUGGCGUUGUGAAAAAGGAUUGGGAAUUCUUGAAGAAUGGUGUUAAUAAAAGUGUUGAAUGGGCAAACGAGCAUUUACAAGUUCCAAAAAUUGUUAAGAAAGUUGAUGAUACUGUUUGGCUUCGUAAUUUAGAAGACCCUAAUUCUCCUCCAUUUCACCCUCCUGUCUGGCCUCAACCUUCUUAUCCAGCACUCUCAGGGAUGGAUUUGUUAAUUGCUGAUAUCCAAGCCUUGGCUGUGUAUGGUAGUUACUUUUACUGCAUGUCAAAGAUUUGGGCAACUCCACUACCUGAGGUCUACGAUGCUGAAGUCGUCUCGGACUAUUUCAAUUGCAGGCCUCAUGUCACUGCCCUUAGACUUCUAGAGGUUUUUGCUGCAUUCUCUUCUGCUGUGAUACAAAUUCGUACUUCAAGGAUCAGAAGGUUCAUCAACUCUAGGACUAACGAGGAUAAUAUCGACAAUUUAUCACAAUAUGAUUUUGGGAAGGUUCUUAAAGAAACAAUGCUUAAUCUGGGUCCAACAUUUAUCAAAGUGGGACAGUCUCUCUCAACAAGGCCAGAUAUUAUUGGUUCUGAGAUCUCCAAGGCGCUAUCUGAGCUUCAUGAUCAAAUCCCUCCUUUCCCUAGAGCUAUUGCAAUGAAGAUCAUCGAGGAUGAAUUAGGUGCUCCUGUGGCAAGAAUUUUUAGUUAUAUAUCUGAUGAACCUGUUGGCGCAGCUUCUUUCGGUCAGGUUUACAGAGGAACAACAUUUGAAGGCUGUGAUGUUGCUAUUAAAGUUCAGAGACCAAAUUUACAUCAUCAAGUUGCCCGAGAUAUAUACAUCCUUCGCCUUGGGCUGGGCAUUUUGAAAAAGAUUGCCAAGAGGAAAAAUGAUAUCCGCUUGUAUGCUGAUGAACUUGGAAGAGGCUUAAUGGGAGAGUUAGACUACAGAUUGGAAGCUGCAAAUGCGUCCCGAUUCUUGGAGGCGCAUUCAUCCUUUCCAUUCAUUCGCGUUCCAAAAAUUUUUCCACAGCUCACAAGAAAAAAGGUACUGACCAUGGAGUGGGUGGCUGGCGAAAAUCCAAAUGAUUUACUGUUAGUCUGUAAGGGAUCUAUAGAUGAUAGCUCUGCAUAUUCUGAGAAACAGACAGUUAAAGCGAAGCAACACCUUCUUGAUUUGGUGAGCAAAGGUGUUGAAGCAUCACUUGUCCAACUGCUUGAAACAGGAUAUCUGCAUGCUGAUCCACACCCUGGGAAUUUACGUUACACAAAUACUGGACAGAUAGGGUUUCUUGAUUUUGGACUCAUGUGUCAAAUGGAAAGGAAACAUCAGCUGGCAAUGCUUGCUUCCAUAAUACAUAUUGUAAAUGGGGACUGGGCCUCUCUUGUUCAGGCUCUAUCCGAAAUGGAUGUCAUCAGUCCUGGAACAAAUACUCGUCUAGUGACAAUGGAAUUGGAAAAGGCCUUAGGAGAGGUAGAAUUUAAUGAUGGAAUACCCGAUGUCAAGUUUAGUAAGGUCCUUGGCAAAAUCUGGUCUGUGGCGUUCAAGUAUCAGUUUCGCAUGCCCCCAUACUUUACACUUUUGCUGCGUUCUCUUGCUUCACUAGAAGGUUUAGCAAUUGCUGCGAAUGAGGACUUCAAGACUUUUGAAGCCGCUUACCCUUACGUUGUGCGCAAAUUGCUAACUGAUAAUUCUGAUGCUUCGAGGAAAAUUCUUCAUUCAGUAAUUUUAAACAGCAGGCGCGAAUUUCAGUGGAAGAAACUUGUUCUUUUCUUGAGAGUAGGUUCAAGUUCAACCAGGAAAAUCUUACCCAAGGUUCCGGAGUCUGCUAAUGAUGGGUCAUGUAGCACUGAUAAUAUAUUUAAUGUCACAACUUUUGUCUUAAAGCUGCUUCCUUCUAAAGAUGGUGCUGUGCUCAGAAGGCUGUUGAUGACUGCUGACGGUACUUCAUUGAUUAAAGCAUUUCUAUCAGAGGAGGCUGCCACAGUUCGACAACAGUUUUGUAGGGAAGUUGCAGAUGUACUAUAUCAGUGGAUGGAAGGGGUUACUGGAAAGGAUCCAUGUCGUACUGCAUCAUCUAACUCAUAUGCAGCCAACUUCAACUAUCAGAUACUCUUAAAUGACCGUCGCCUCAAAGUGGUGUUCAAGAAAGUUCUUAAUGAUGCAAGGCGAGAUUGGUUUUUGAUGCUGCGUUUUUCCUGGACAUCCUUUGUCAUGUUUGUUAAUGCUUCAGCUGCAGCUUGCCAUCAGUCAAUAAUUUCUCUCUCAAAAGAAUAUAUAAGUCGAUUAUCAUUUUCUCCCAUUCAAGCUACUGUCAGCACCUAAAAAACGGGCAAUUGGCAAUUACCGAGCUAUUCCGGCUGUUGAUGCCAAGAUACGAGUUUGGUUGUCAGUAGAAGGGAAAAUCUUAGUUAAUAAUUCUUGCUUAAUCAAUCGAGUUUGAAAUCGUAGCUGUGUUCGUUUUGUCAGAUUACCUAAUGUAUGGUUAGCAUAUUCGAUGAGAAAACUAGUCAUUAUAUCUCUAGGGGUGAGCAGAAAAUUUGGGUACCCGGAACCGGUCAGGAACCGAUGGGUCGAAUGAGGAGCCAGUACUGCCGGUACAGGUUAUCCGGUUCUGGUUCUUGAGAAAAUGGACCCAGUACCCGAUACCGCCUACCCUGUUAUACCAGUCUAAAUCUGAAUAUCCAAUGCCAAUUUGAAAAGCACCUAUGGAAAUUCUCAACUUUAUUUAAGACCAGUCCAUUGUUCAUUGUUCA